CGGCACCACGGAAUGCGGGUGGAUUCAAUCAAAAUUCAAAUGUCCCCUGUUGAGUGUUGACGUUUUGUCACGGUCGCCGUCCGUGUCCGGCCCAACUUUUGAACGUUUCAAAGGAUCUCAUCAGAGCCCGAGCGCAACAGCACAGGUAUUCGCAGUGCUCUCCCCACCAAUUAAGCUCGUCCAGUGAGCCUCGUCCGUCGUCCUCGUCCCAUUCCCACCCAUCCCACCCCACCCCCCAUUGGCCAUUGCUCUGACUGCUCCGCCGUGCGUGCGUCACCCGCGCUCGAGAGGGGUGUGUGUGUGUGUGUGGUUUGGUUGCGCACCCAACGGCUCGCCCGGCAUCCUACCGCUUGUUCGCUUGCGAGAUUGUGCGGAGUGGUUGCUGGCCGGCAGCCGCGAGGACGGGCGGGGCGGGGCGGGGCGGGCAUACCGAUAAAGGCGAGAGAUCGAACGAAGGCGUUGUUGUCUCAUCCGUGCUAGCGUCCGUCUCGAUCGCUCGUUGUCUCAGUCUCGGCUUCGACGGCGGACAUCGAUCGGGACAUAGAAAGGGGAAGGCGGACGAUACGCGAGCCGCGAGCGUUGUGCGCUGCCAUGGACGCGCCCUUCUUCCACGAGCUCAGGCGCCAGGCCUCCUCCUACCUCACCGGCAAGAUCCGCUCCGCGCGGCUGGCGCUCACCGACGUCACCCCGACGCAGCUCAUGACGGAGGAGGCGACGAGCGGGGACGCGUCGCCGCCGAACGUCAAGACGAUGGGCCUCAUAGCCCGGCAGGCGUUCGAGGUGGACGAGUACGUCAGGAUCACGGACAUCCUGCACAGGCGCUUCGCGAGCUUCGACCGCAGGCAGUGGCGGGAGGCGUACAAGGCGCUGCUCCUCCUCGAGCACCUCCUCACGCACGGGCCCCGCAGCGUCGCGGUGGAGUUCCAGAAGGACAGGGAGGCCAUCGAGCAGAUGGCCACCUUCCAGCACAUCGACGAGAAAGGCUUCAACUGGGGCCAGACGGUGAAGGGCAAAUCGGAGCGCGUGCUCAAGCUGCUGGAACGCGGCCCGUUCCUGGAGGAGGAGCGCGAGCGGGCGCGCAAGAUCGCGCGCGAGAUCAAGGGAUUCGGCAGCUUCAACCUCAGCAGCGCCUCCCACUCCCACGCCAUGUCGCAGCCACAACCCGGUGACGGUGACGACGGAAGCCGCGGCUACGGCCGGAGCAACUCGCAGUACAAGGAGCGGUGGAGGCACGACGACGACGACGGCGGCCGUUUCGGGCGGAGCAACUCGCGGAUGGAGGAGCGGUGGAGGCACAAGGAUGGCAACGACGGCGACAAGGAGAAUCUGAUACAGAGCCCGGAGCCGACGCCACGGGUCGCGCGGGAAGUGGAGGCGGAGGUGGAGGAGCUGCACCACCACCACCCGUUCCACGGGUUCGGGCAACAGCGGCCGGAGGCGAUGCUGCUCCUGAGCCAGUGAUGGGAUCAGCCGGUUCGUGUCAUGAUGGUGUGAAAAGAACCGUGUGCUCGACUAGCUUUUCUCCCUUCCUCUUCCUCGAAGGCUGCAGGGUCAGUAUUUUACUGACACUGCUAUGUUGGGUGCAUCAUGCAUGAGGACUUCGAUGUUCUCAUGGUUUCUGUUCGCCAUGCGCCAUGAAUGGCUGCUUGGCCUUGUAAAUUUCUAUCCUUUCAGUUCUGAAUUCUGAUACCAGGAUGUACAACGAGAGACAACAUACAGGCAAGUCUCAAGGUUCCAGCAAAGCUCUGGAAACCACGUAUUCUAGGAGUGAGAGAAUGAGAUCCUCCUGCCCAAGUGCAUCUGGGCAAAUCUUUUAGUCUGAACCAUAUACUGAAAUAAAGCAAAAGGCAGAAGUAUUCCUAAUCCA